AGCAGAUAAGUCUUCUGGUCAGUCAGGUUUCCAGAUGACUGCCCGAUUCCUUGUUCCGCGCGACGCGCAGCCGAGCGUCGUCCAGAGCGGGACGUAACUCGGUCGCCCGGAGGUCUCCGAGUCGCGAACAUCCCGAAGAAGUUCCUCUCGAGUUCCGGGACACCUCUGGCGACGACGCGGACCUAACGUCGCGUGAAGUCCUCCUCUAAACCGGGAAAAAUCCUCCGCACCUUCGGCAACGACCGCGACUCUCGUGACAGAGAGAAGCAAUGAACGAAGUGGCGUAAAAAAGAAAAUCCGGGAGAAUUUGGAGAUAUCUCAGAGCCUCUCCCUCCGGAAGAGAUCCAAACCAUCCACCGAUAACAUCCAUGGCAUCGAUUGCAUCGACACCCCGGCUGCAAUCGCGGGGUCCAAGGGCCCCCAUGGUGAACGGGGUCCGCCAUCUUGAAAUCCCCCCGUGCCAUCGGUAGGACUCUCGGCCGGAUUUUACGGUGCUUUACCCAGGAGAUAAUGGCCCCGAAGAAGCGAAAGGGGGCACCUGCUAGUGCGAGUCGAACCCGAGGGUGAUUCCGCGCGUUCUUUCGACGCCGGUAUUUCUUUUAGAAUUUCUCCUGACUGGAUGUCUGGGUGCAGCGUCUGCUGCUCCCACAAGUGUACAGAUGGCAAGCGCUGCUGGCGAUAUAUGAAUGCCUCGGAGAUGGGGGCCGACGCUCCCCCGGAAUGAGAAUACGACCCUCGGUUUUAAUCCUCGAGGUAAACCACGAUGGACGUCGAGUUGGUGACGAGGAACUCCCUGUCUUCCUUGCAGAAGGCCGGGGAGGGUCGAAUCGUCUCCCCCGAUAAUCUCGAGGACUGGACAUGGACGAGUCUCAGAAGGCAGUUCAAGUACAAGAAGAGCCUGGAGAAGCUCUACGUCUUCUACCAGAGAAGACUGCAGAAUGGGUAUCUCUCUCUUUUCGUGCUCCUGCAGCUGGUGCUCGGUGUCGUCCACUGCACGAUAUUAAUCGCGAUGGUUAACGUGGAGGAGUCCUUGCCGGACGUGUUGACCUACAGCGUGGUGGGCGCUCUACUUUGCCCGGUGAUAGCGCUGUCCUUCCGGCCGAAGCUCAUCGCGAAGAAGACGUACCUCCCGGUGGUCCUGUCGGGUCUGAUCAUCGGUAUCUUGGUCAUCGGGGAUCUGGCCAUACCACUGUACUACACCCUGACGUACGCCGACGACAUUCCGGCGAUAAGACCGGCCUAUGCCACUCAUGCUCUUCUGGUAUGCUACGUGUUCUUACCCCUGACGGAGAACCUGCACGCCUUCGUCCUGGGCAUCACCGCCACCCUCUGUUACCUCGCUUGUUUAUCUCUAGUUACGUACCGAAACAUGCCGGAUUACGCAGGCAGGAUCACGGCGGACACGAUAUACUUCGCCUGCGUGAACGGCCUUGGCCUCUACUUUCGGUUCAUGAACGAAGUCGUGAUAAGGAGGUCUUUCCUGGAUCGCCGGAAAUGUGUGGAAUCAACCCUCAGACUAAAUUACGAGAAGGACCAGGAGGAGCAAUUAACUCGCAGCAUCCUACCCCAGCACUUCGCAGCGAAGAUCAAGAAGGAGUUCCGGGACAUCUUCAAGUUCAUCGAGGAGCACAAGAAGCCGCCGCACAAACGGAGACCCUACAACAACCUCUACGUGGAAACGCAUAAUAACGUGAGCAUCCUGUACGCCGACGUGGUGAAUUUCUCCGGAUUAACGGUGACCUUACCGGUGACCAAGCUGGUGGAGACCUUAAACGACCUCUUCGGCAGCUUCGACGAGGCCUCCGAGAAGCACAACGUCCUCAGGAUUAAAUUUCUGGGCGACUGUUACUACUGCGUCAGUGGAGUGCCCACGCCGAACUCACAGCACGCGAAGAGCUGCGUGGACCUAGGCCUCGAUAUGAUCCAAAUCAUCAAGGCAGUCCGCGCCAGAGUUCGCCAAGAAAGCGGCGUGGACGUAAACAUGAGGAUCGGGGUCCACUCGGGUACCAUCAUCUCGGGGAUCCUCGGUGCCAACAAGUGGCAAUACGACGUCUGGUCAAGGGACGUCGUGAUCGCCAACAAGAUGGAGCAGACCGGGAAGCCCGGGAAGGUUCACGUCACUCAGCAAACGUUGGAUCUGCUGGAUGCAAGUCAGUACGACUGCGUGCCGGUCGAAAGCUUAAACGACGAGACCUUGAAGAAGUACAGCAUCAAGAGCUACCUGAUCACGCCCUCGGGGUCGGACAGUCCAGAGCCGAAUUCAAAGAACAGCGAGAACCUCGUGACGCCUCCAACUACGCCGAGUACGCCUCCGUCCAGCAGCAAGCUGUACGUCAGGUGGUACACGUCGAGGGCGAGUUCUUCCGGAGUGACGGGCAGGAACACUCGACGACUUACGUCGACGGUGAAUGCCGACGUCUACGCGAGCACGUUUCGUAGGAGGACGCACUUCAUGGACUCCUGUCUUCGAGAUUACCACCUGAUGCUGAAGGCGGCCGACGCCGAGAUGGAGACCGCCAUCAACCAGAUGCCGCUCAGCAAGUGGGAGCAAUGGUGCAAGUGGGAGCACAUCAAUCCGCUGUUCCUGACCUUUCAACACUGGAGCUGGGAGAUGCCCUUCCUGCGGGAGCCGGACCCCCUCUUCAAGUUCUACAUUGGCUGCACGCCGGUGGUUUUGCUCUCUAUGGGCUUGAUCUUCAUGGUUCCCACCUUAACAUUGUCGGAGUGGCACCUGAGUACAACCGUUGGCUACACGGCGGCGAUGAUCUUCUUGGUCACCUUGGUGCCCCUUACCUGGACCCACUUUGUCUGGAACAGGUGCAAGGACCCCCACGACGAGCAGGAGGGCCAGGUGCCCCAGCCCCGCAACAAACUCUUGCACUUCAUGUACCAGACGAGCAUAAAGGUGGCCUGGAGUGCGUUUCUCAGGACCAUGUUAUACUUGGUCAUCAUCGUCAUGCUCGCAGCCUGCGCAAUGUUGGACAUGAUGUUUGAGUGUCAAAAUUCGGAUAAGCUGGGAAGCAACAACGUCACGUCGACAAUAGCCGGACCGGGGUCGGCGAAGGCGGAGUGCAUAUCCUCCCCUUGGCAAAUGACGGAGACCUGUUCUUUGGCGAUUCUGACCAGCUUCCUCUUCCUGCGCGUCCACUUCAUCUUGAAGUUCCUGAUAGGCUGCACGAUCGUCACAUUCUACACCUGGAACAUAUGGACGAACAGGUCGUUAAUAUUUCAGUCAGGCGACACUUGGAAUCCGCACUUGGAGCCGAGGCUAGCACACAUUCUGAGCGUAGCUUUCCUUACGUUCUCCCUGCAUCUAAUCGAUCGCCAGGCGGAGUACUUGAACAGGCUGGAUUACCAAUGGAAGCGGCAGCUGACAAAAGAGCAAGACGAAGCCUUCCACACAAGAAACGCGAACAAACUGCUGCUCCGCAACAUCCUCCCGGAGCACGUGGCGGAGUUCUACCUGAACAUGAACCGAACCGAAGAAAAUGGCCGUUACCACGAGGCUUACGACACCGUAGCCGUGAUGUUCGCCACCCUGACCGACCUCUCCAUAGACGAGAGCGUCAUCCUGGAGCGACCGAUGUUGGUCGUGCUCAACGAGAUCAUCUGCGAGUUCGACAAGCUGCUCUUCGACCCCAGCUUCGCCUGCAAGAUCGAGAAGAUCAAGAUCGCCGGCACUACCUACAUGGCGGCUUGCGGCCUGGAGGCGACGAGACGCGACUCGGUGCACAGCAUGGAGAGCGACGACAACAACGAGGACCACGUGGUGAAGAUCAUGGCGCGAUUCGCAGCCCAGAUGAUGUCCGUGCUGGACAGGCUUAACGUGGAGUCGUUCUCGAGAUACAAGUCCUACAAUUUAAGGAUAGGCAUAUCUCACGGGGAGGUGACAGCAGGAGUGGUCGGUGCCCAGAAGCCUCUCUACGACAUCUGGGGCGACGCGGUGAACAUGGCGUCGAGGAUGGACACCACAGGGGUGCCGGGCAAGAUCCAGGUGACGAAAGAGACCGCGGCCGUCCUCGAGCAACACGGGGUUAAGUGUUUCCUUCGAGGAGAGACCUGGGUGAAGCCGAAGGGGCUGGUGACCACGUACUUCGUCGGCGUGGACGAGAAGCGACAAUUGCAGAGAGUGGACUCCAUCGAGGAGACCAGUUUAUGACGAAAUGUAUCAGGGGAAAAAGGUCGCACGAAUCGAGGCGGGGUGCUCAGGGGGCCAUUUAAACCGAGCGCAAGAUUUAAAGGGCGACGAGCCGCCAUUGCGCCCUGGCGCUAAUCAAAAUUCGGUGAUAUUCCGUAAAAGCGCAUUAGGGGGAAAAAUGAGUUAACGUUAGAGGGAAGUAGGGCAUAAGUCGCGUUCAAUUAUACCAUUACGUUGGUCCAAACAAUCUUCAGUACCUGAAGGACGAUCGUGCGGUUGUCCUACCCGGGAAAGUCGAGACGACACCCUCGGGAAGGCCCUCCGUCUCUACAGCUAUGUGAUAUCUACCAUUGUGCAAGGCACUCGUGCGUAAUCGCACGCAAUCUUCCAGAAUCUUAUCGCGUAACUGGCCAAAGAAUUAUUAAUUACGUUAUUUUCUUUUCUUUUCUUUUUUUUUUUCUCGCGCAUCCGCCGGCGACGUCGGGGAUAGGUUUAUCGAUACUUCGUAGGCCUUUGGUUGUUCUUAGUUGUACUUAGGUUUAGAAAUUCCGUUCCGCUCUUGACUAAUGUAGUCCAUAAGCGCGCGACGAUAUUCCGGACGAUAAUCGCGCGACUACGUGGACCUUUUAAUAUUUUUCGAGGCAUCGUAUUUAUAUCCUCAUCUCUGUCGUCUCAUCCCACGUACGGUCACCCUCUGUAACAUCCGCGAGAAGCUGCGGGGAUUUUAUUUUUCUACAAACGCGCAUCACCCGACGCGUGCCCUCGCGUUUUUACAUGUAAAUAAUCAUGUACAUAUUUAUUUACGACUGUACGACCAACGUGUGUUAAGAUUAAGGACUUUAAUAAAAGUAUUUAUUG